AUGCCGAAUUCAGUACAGGAGAACCUCGACGACUACGAUGCCCCAUGGACUGACCUUCAUACUCUAUCGCCAAGCAAUCGUUAUGGGCACGUGCGCUCUCCGGACAUCCCACGCUCGGUCAUUCCUACUUCAAACAUCUCUGGAUCCGCCUGUACGAAUCGAGUCACACUCACCUUCCAAGCCUCAUAG